AGGGUAAAACAAGAGACACAUAAAAUAAACUGAGUAUUGCUGCACCAAUUGAUAAUAUUCAUAUAAAAAGAAAGAAAAAAAUAGUUAAUUAGACAUCAUGAAGAUUAGCAAGAGAUAUAAAUUUAUAAUAAUCAGAUAAGAAUAAUAUAAGAAGGCAGCAAAGGCCAAGAAGAUGUUGACAAUUAAGAAAAUGAAGGUGACCUUAAAUAGAAAUGUGUCUUCUCUGGUCUGUGCAUGCCGCUGAAUGUGAAUGUCUCAUAGCCACAUUUUAAAAGGACACUGUGCUACUGCAUGAAAAGGUUAAGAUAAUUAAUUGACAGGAUCACAACAAAUGUAUCAUUUAAACUUUAUUCUUAUAGCUCAGUGAUUAUUAUAACCCAGACUAGCCUACGACAGAAGAGUGUAAUUGCUACAGGCCACAUGCAUCAGCUCUGGCCUCAGCUGCAGUAAAAAAUAGCGCACAGUAGCAGACUGCCGGACGUGUAGUCUUUUCAUUAGAUGACAGCAGCGCACAUGGUGGCGGAGGCUCAGCCACUCCCGGUGGCAGCCGGGCGCCCCCACUCCUCCUUGCUCUUCCUGAAUGGACGAGCACGCUACCUACGGUCCACGCCUCCCUUUCUCAUCUCCAGCUCAACCUCCUCAUCACGAACUCGCUGCAGCCUCUCGGUACUUUAUUGUGCGGUGAUUUAAACUAGGCCAAUUUACGCAGCGCCACUUAAAGGAGCCAUCUGAAGUAAAUCCCCGCUAACACCUCGGCCAAGGCUGUUUUUGACCCACCGUUUCCUUGAAUAUCACCUCUCUGCCUCGCUAGAACAUUGUGUCCUUUGAGGGGAAAAUGACUGCCAAACAUCGGAGAGGGAAAGGCAACCACAAACAUGAAGAUAACUUUUUCAAAAAUGAAGUUAUGGAGUCAGAAGUUCGCGCUGGAGGGAGUAAUAAUUACGCUCUUCUCUUCGUUUUAUUUCUGAUGAUUGUAAUUGGCGGUGCCACAGGCGCAUGGUUCUGUUUCCAACAGCACCAAACUUUAACCUACUUAACUGACAAUCUCAUGGGCAUGCAGAUGAAGAUAGUGAAAUUACAGUCCUCCCACGAAGAAAUGCGACAGUCAAGUGGAAAGCUGCACAUUUCCGAGAGUCUGGAGGCUCGCCUGAAUGCCCUGGAGGAGUCUUAUGCGCUGGCCCAGAAACAGGUGGGAAUGGCCAUGGCUACAGCUGAGCAGCUCAAGACAUCUGACCUCCCCGCUCAGGUGCUGUCGCUCCACACUGAGAUGAAAACCCGCCUGGCAGAGAUGCAGCAAGCCACAGUGUCUCUGGAGCAGCUGAGCCAGCUACAGGCCAUGCUGAGGGAGAAGAAUGAGGAGUUUCAGGGUGUCAGGCUUCAGGUGGAGGGCCUGGUGAUGCUGAGUGCCGAACUGUCCCACAAGGUUGAGGUUCUGACAGGGAGCCUGGGAGAAGCAGAAUCGAAGCUGGAUGAGAGAGUCGGGCAGGUUGCCACGCUGAGUGCCACCCUGGAUGGACAGACCGCUGAGGUGCUCAGCCUGAAGGAGCAGCUGGACACUUAUCAGGCUCAGCUGGAGGCCAGCACACUGGAGAUGGCUACUGUCAGAGAGUUGCUCGAGAAUGAACAGUCCCAGCGGCUCCAGCAGGCCGGUGUGGAGGAACAGCUCAAUACGCUGGUGGGCGAAACUCAACCUCUUGCUGUGCCUGUGGAGCAGACAGAUGAAGAAACUGCUCCUGCUGCUCAUGAAGAGGCAGCUGCAGCAACUGAAGAAGAGGCACUUCCUGCAGCUGUAGAAGAAGAGGCAUCCAACCCAGUAGAAGAAGAGAGAGAGGCAAGUGAAGUGGAGGCAGCUGCAGAAGCUCCUGUUGAGCAGGAGGACGCUGCACCAGAAGAAAUUGCUCCUGCAGAGGAGGUGGAGGCAGUAAAAGAGGAUCAGACAGAGCAACAUGAGCCAGAACAGACAGAAAAGGAGAUACCUGAUGAGGAGAACCAGACAGCAGAUGAGGAGGAGGCAGCGGCAUCUGAAGGAGAGGAAGUUCAGGAGGAGUCACUGCUCGAGGAGGAGAAACUUAAUGUAGAGGAAGAGAUAUCGGAAGGGGAGGAAGAACAGCAGGAUGUAGCACCUGAAGAGGAGUUACCUCAUUGGGAAGAGGAAGAUGGAGAGGAGCUUUAAGAAGAUGAUGAAGGAGGAUGAAUAAUGCACGUCACCAGAAAGGGAUUUUUUCCACACCUGACAUACCCACCAAGGAGAAGGGGAGCUUUCUCAUUCUAAAGUCACUGUCUACAAAAUGACAAAUACGAAGAUAUUAUUGAUUGCUGUUGUUUGGGUGUAGUAUAAAUGAUGUGGUUGCUCUUUGAAAGGCAGAGCUAAUCAGAAGAAUUCAGGUCUGAGCUAAAAACCUGUACCUCAAAAUAUAAGAUGGCUGUGAAGUUAAGGUUAGGGUGAGUGAUAAGCAGAGUGAUAAUAAUGAGUAUUUCAGGGUUUACCUGCCAAUGACAACCUCAAAAAGCCUUAAUCCAGAAAGAAUGACUGUCUUUCUACAGAGCAUUUUCCACUUUUAAAAAGUCAACUUUUUAUCAAGGUUAGGUUCUGUACUAAACUGGAAAACUAAAAGCCAACGCAUAACCUGUUUAUUAAUGCACUUGAAGCCAUAAGUCAUGCCUGUCUUGGUGACAUUAAAGUUUGUUUCUUUUUUCAA